AUGACGGAUGCUCAAUCACUAUCAGACCAGCCGAAUAGCAGGCCUUCGAGCCUGUCGGAAAGUACAAGUGAUGCAUCCAGCGACCAACCCAGCGUAAGUAGCACGAGCACUUGUCCGCCUCCGGCCCCUCACCAAAUCGAUUCCUGGAAUCGCCAUAUCAAGUUUCAAGAUUUUACAGCCGGCCUUCGGGAUGCAGCAAAAGCAUUAUUCCCGAACGAGAAGACGUCGAGAUAUUCUUGCGUCUCUGUCUUAGUGCUCAGUUGGCAGGAUGAAGACCCGAGACUUCCAGUCUCAUUAGAGAUCGCCGAAGUAGUUCGAGUAUUUCGGGACGUCUACAAUUAUAAUGUCGAAGAAUGGAAAAUUCCUUCACUGGGCUCGCAUCUAGCGCUGAACCGGAGGAUCAUGGCCUUUGUGGACCCGGCUCCUAAUGAUAGAGAGCAUCUAAAAAUCGUGUACUAUGCUGGGCAUGGAAGGUUGACGAAAACUCGACUGCUUGAGUGGACGAGUCUGCAGGACAGAUCUAGAUCUCAUGCCCAGUCUCGUAAUAAACCGGUCCAAUGGAGCGGCAUUCAAGUACUCCUCGAGCAAGCGGAAAGUGAUGUCCUUAUUCUCCUGGACUGCUGCGCUGCUGGGACUGCAAACGCUGGUGGAGGCAGUGGUGUGACAGAACUUAUAGCAGCCUGUCCAUAUAACGGGAUAGCAAAUGGAGUCGGGCCAUAUUCAUUCACAAAUGCCCUUGUGACCGAGCUCCUAGAGCUCAGUCGGAAGCCUUCAUUUUCAGUCGGCGAACUCUACAGCAACAUCUUAAUUCGUGCGCAAUGUCAUAUACCUGAUCUUGGAAGAGACCGACCAGCACCAAUGCACAUACAGCUCACCCAGCAGUCGCAUUUCCCGCGGAGUAUUCAAGUGUCCGUACGAAGUAGAAUGGAGACAGAAAAUAAUUUGGCGUUACCAGAGCAGCAAUUGGGUGCACCUGAGUCCGAUUUAAACGAGUCAUCAGCAGAUUCUUCACGAAACGAACCAGACACAAUUGUGAAGUCGAGCGCGUUACUACCCACCCUGGUACCAAAACCAGUGAUGGAGAGUUUCGUGCCCAGGCUUUUGUUUGCGGUUCGGCUUGAGGAAAGCUUUCAGCCAAACGAGUUGUCGACGGAAAUGAUGACGGAAUGGUUGCGAAUGAUCCCUUUAAUAGGCAUACAGGAGGUAAAAAUCGAGGCUGGAUUCAACAGUUUCUCCUCGGUCGUGAUAAUCUCGGUUCCAAUUGCAAUGAACGCAUAUAUUCCAACGAAUCCGGCCGUUUUCUGCUUGGGACCAAUCACGUCGAGAAACAAGUUUGCUGAGUUGAAACAACAGACACCAGUCUCUGCCAAAACUUUGACGAAAGGAACGAUACCUAGCAAUGCUCUUGCAAUACACCGAAGAGAUAGCCUGAAUUCGACCCUCGCGAAUAUUAGGAAGAAAAGAACACGGGUGUUGACAUCGUCAUGGGCGAAACUGCGGCUGGGUCGAUUACCUUCGAGAGGUGCUAGAACGGUGUCUCUGGCAGCACCACAAGCUGGAUCACGACACGAAGUGAUGGGACCCAAGUUGAAAAGGGUGAUGGAUGGUGGAAGGAACCACUCUUCUCCGACUGUACCCCGUAUCAGAAAUUCUUCACUCGAGUAUGAUGGCAUCGGCUCAGUGCACAACGCCGAGGGAAUGGCCCCAGCAGCGGCUUCCCAUAGAAGUGCUAUUUUGUCUGCGGACAGGGCUAUGACGAGCGUCUCUCCUGAUCCCUCAAAUGGAGGAAUUGACCUUGGCUUGCUCACUUCGGAUUCCUUAAGAAGACUUGCACAGAACCAAGCCGGGCGCGACACAAGAUUGGAACAAUUGAGAGUACACCUAGAAUCCAACAAUCAAUCCACCCAUACGACAGGCCUCCUUGAUAUUCAAGACAUCGAAGCUCAAAGCGACCCUCCGAAAAGGGCAAUGCUUGGGUUUGGCAGUUCGAAAUGGAGUAAUUCUAGCCGAUUGACGAAAAUUGUGGAUUCGGAUGUUGGGAGCAGCUGUACGAGAUCCUCGGGCUCAAUAAACAGCAAACUAGGGCAAAUCUUAUGUCUCCCGUCGUCAACAUGGCCAAGACUCGCUUCCCAAUCUGCUUCCCCAGACAUGAAAGGACCAAUCUCGGCUGCGCAGGGGGCUUUUAUAUUCGCGGUGACCGGUGGAAGCGUUCGGUCUACUGUUGCUGAAGCAGCUUGGACUUGGUAUCUCAGCUUUCUGGAAUCCCGCAUCCGUGAAGCUUGGAUUCCGCUCUUUCGUCAAGUGUUGAACAACGUUAAGCUACCUUCGUACUUCCCAGUAGAAUCUGACUUUGAAGCAGCGAUGCGCUUACUAACAAUAGUCGUCGGUGCUCUUCAAAGAAGGGAAAUCGCUUUGACUGACAUCGUGGACGAUUUGUAUAACUUGAGAGUGGUGAAAGAAGUCUAUGAUGACCGCGUCGUCGUAACUCGUCUAGUGUUUGCAGCCAUUGGUUGGAUAACUCUCCUCUACACGCCGAGCAUUAAUGGAAGCAACAUGCUGCUGGAGCUGUUCAAACACGAUAGUUUUCUUCCCGCCGACGGAGCUCCAAUCAUCCAUGCAUACGAGGAAUAUCGAGACCGAUCAUUGGUUGAUUUGCUGCGAAACUUCGGAGCAAUAAUUCCUGAGCGGAAGGGAGGGAGCAACAAAACGUUUGAGGUGGCACGCACCCAUGCUCAUGAUCGGUGGAUCGAUGUGACGAACAUUAGCUUUUCUGCUCUCUCCAAAAUGAGCAAAGUACAAAUCGAGUGGGUUGAUUGCAUGAGUCUACAUUUGGAAUUCGACCUGCAUACAAAAACUCUCAAGCUCUUCCAAUUCCCCUCAAUUUGCAUCGUCAUGACCCCAAGCAAGGAGAGUGGGCCAUUGAAUCAGCUAUUUAGUGACGCUCUAGAUGAGUGGUGCCAACCAGAGACCGAUUACGCAGAUGAGUAUCUGAGAGAAGUCCUCGCCUCGUAUCGUCUGAUAUUUGGCAUGGACAGAGGCUCAUAUACCGCAUUUAAUCAACUCGAAGGUGUGCGGUUACCAGGUCAGAAUGGUCCACUCGACCCUUUGCUGCGCAUACUAUGCGGGCAGAGAUGGGAUAGCACAGAGGUGUCGCGCAUUUUCGAUCAAUGUGAUAUCGAAGAUCCAGUCUCGCAAUAUAACUCGGACAGCUUCGCAUUUCUAGGCACUCGCUUAUUGAAGCUUCAAGACUGCGUACAGCGAGACAAGCCGGAAGACAUGUGGCAGUUGUGGUCCGAUAAACGUGAUAUUUCGCGGUGGUGGACUUUCUGGGCAGUGAUGAUGAUGGGAGGAGCAACUAUGUUACUAGGAAUCUUCCAGAUGGUUUUGCAGGUCGCACAGGUGUACUAUACACUUCGCCAUGUACUGCCAUAUCACAAGUGA